AUGUCCAUGUUCGGCGCCCUCAACCGCUUUAUAUCGCGGCUCGACGCCGCGCCUCUCAACGACAACCACAAUCACCACCAGUCGUCGACCAACGGCGCAUACGGCUUCCAGGUGCUGCGCAACAGCAACGCGGAAAUCCCGCUCGAGCCCUGGUUUGACUACAUCAUUGGCAUCAACGGCCGCACGAUUGACAACCCUGAUUCGGGUCUGUUUGCGGCCGAAGUGCGGAAUUGCGCUGGAUCCACGAUUAGCCUGGGUAUCUUCAGUGCAAAGGGCCAGAAGAUACGCGAAGUCUAUGUGGAGAUUCCAGCCGAUCAAGGCGCGCUAGGAAUCGCCUUGCAGUGGUCGCCGCUCUCUGUUUCAGAAGAUGUCUGGCACAUUUUGGAUGUAGCUCCCAAUUCGCCUGCGGAUGCCGCAGGACUUCUGCCUUACGGUGACUAUUUGAUUGGCAGCCCCGAAGGACUUGUGCGCGGCGAGUCUGGGCUGGGGGAGCUCGUCGACGACUUUCUCAAUAGGCCGUUGAGACUCUAUGUGUACAACCACGAGUACAACGUCACCCGGCCCGUGACGAUUACGCCGACGCGCAGCUGGGGUGGCGAAGGAGCACUAGGUUGUGUGCUUGGGUUUGGAGCGCUGCACCGCAUUCCACCUAGCUUGGACGAGCCGCCGCCAGCACCUGGAGAGACAUUGUUCUCGGCGGGGGAUGCUAGCGGGACUACGUCGUUUGACGAGAAACGACCGUUGGUAUCCUCGAUGGAAGGACCUGGUCAAGCCGGGGCACCAGCCGAGCUCUUUGUGCCAGCCAACAUGGCAUUGCCGGCCAAGUCGCCUCCUCCUCCGGGCACAGCACCACCGAGGAAGAAGGGCAGAGCGGCGCAUCACGUAGGCAGCCCAGCCAGCGGGGGCGGGGGCGGGGGCGUGCUCGACGACUACUUCAAAGAAGGCGAGCAGAAGAGCCUAGAGCAGGACUAUGCGCCCAAAAGAGGCAGCGGUGUGCCUCCUCCGCCCAAAACCGGUGGCCCGCCCAGAGGGCCGCCCAAAAGUGGCGGUGCAAGCAGAUCAGGCACGCCCUUGCAAAGCGGCGGUGAAGCUGACACGGAUGCUUCUGGAGGUGUAGGGCAUGCAGAAACGGCUUGA